GUAUACUGUGGUGGUAUCGCUGUCGAACAAGUAACUACCGUCGAGCCGAGCCGCGACGACGACGACGGCUGCAAGUGUGUUAUGUCGACAAGAAUAAGAAUGUUGACGUUUAAUUCGAGCCGUCGGAAGCAGCGAGUACGCGUCGUGCGAACCUCGUGAAUAAUGUCGACAGUUUCCUCGUUGUACGCCGCACGUAAUCGUGAUAAUGUUACGCGCCGCGGAAUUCACGUCAAACCAUAAGGCUUCAUGAACGAGCGUUCAUCGUACGCGCGAGGGCUUUGGCUCGAACUGUGACGCGCCAUAUUGGUUUUAUUAUAAGAGAAUUGUUCAUAGAUAGUUAGCGGAGCUGUGGGUAGAUCAGUUUUUUAUCGUAAAUGCACGCCGAGUAACCGAGUUAACAACGUCGAGCGAACAAUGGAAGAGACUAAAAUCAUAUAUCACAUCGACGACGAGGAGACCCCUUACCUGGUGAAGCUGACCAUCUCGCCGGAAAGGGUCACUCUAGCCGACUUCAAAAAUGUCUUGAAUCGACCGAAUUAUAAAUAUUUCUUCAAAUCAAUGGAUGAUGAUUUUGGAGUGGUGAAAGAAGAAAUUGUAGAUGACGAUGCCCACCUCCCGUGUUUCAAUGGACGAGUCGUUUCUUGGCUGGUAUCUGCUGAAGGCAGCAAUGUGUCGGACGGCGCGUCGCAGUGCACAGAUUCCGUGGCACAUAGCGAGGCGAAGCACGAUCGCAUAGAUCAUGUGACACCAGGUCAUACGACUCGUGGCCCACCCCCGUUGUCACACGACGACACCUUGACCGAAACAGAAAGUAUCACGAGCAGCAGACAAGGGCAUCACUUGCACAAGAGUUCGAGACAUCAUACGGAUAAAUAUGAAAAAUACAAUAAAUACAACGGACUUCGUAUAAAUGGUCAUUCGAAGCACAGAUCGGGCCAUGGUUAUGAGACUGCUUCUAUUUUAAGUUCAGAUUUAGAGACAACAACAUUUUUAGAGUCGGAUGAUGAUGCUAGUAGCCGCAUAACGUCUACCACAGGCAGGCACACUAAUAUGAGUAGCACGGUCGACAGAGCAACUUUAGAUCGGCGUAGGCCACAGAGGAGAAGGCGUCACCGGUUACCACCGAUGUCCAGGACAUCGUCCUUUAGCAGUAUCACCGACAGCACGAUGUCCUUGAACAUCAUAACGGUUUCACUGAACAUGGACACCGUUAAUUUCCUUGGAAUUAGUAUUGUUGGUCAGAGUAAUAAAGGCGGAGACGGUGGAAUUUAUGUCGGUUCAAUAAUGAAGGGAGGGGCGGUUGCUCUGGACGGACGAAUAGAACCUGGCGACAUGAUUCUUCAAGUGAACGACAUUAACUUUGAAAAUAUGUCCAAUGACGAGGCAGUGAAGGUGCUCCGCGAAGUAGUUCAGAAACCAGGACCGAUCAAACUGGUUGUAGCGAAAUGCUGGGAUCCUAAUCCGAAAGGCUAUUUCACGAUACCGCGUACAGAACCCGUACGGCCUAUAGAUCCCGGUGCUUGGGUGGCGCAUACGGCCGCUAUAAGGGGCGAAGGUUUUCCACCGCGUCCGCCGAGCGCUACCACAUUGACGUCGACGUCGAGCAGUCUAGCGAGCACGCUUCCGGACACGGAGAGACCAUUAGAAGAGCUACACCUGACAGUGAACACGGACAUGCCGACGAUAGUGCGAGCGAUGGCUCGGCCGGAUUCAGGCUUGGAGAUUCGCGAUCGCAUGUGGCUGAAAAUAAUAAUACCGAACGCCUUCAUCGGAGCGGACGUCGUCGAUUGGCUGCAUACUCACGUGGAAGGAUUUAUUGAUCGACGUGAUGCAAGGAAAUACGCGUCUCUGAUGCUGAAAGCUGGUUUUAUCAGGCAUACGGUGAACAAGAUAACGUUCUCCGAACAAUGUUAUUACAUAUUCGGCGAUUUGUGUUCGGCGAUGAGUAGCAUGAAAUUGGAAUGCGACACGGUCGGGCCACUACCUCCACCGAAUGCUUGGGACAUGCCUUAUUCGGGAACGUAUACACCCCAUUCCGCGACUGGUUACAGUCCGAUGCCAUUUAACUUCACCAACGAACCAACCGUGUACGGAUAUCACCGGGAAGAAAGUGUUCAUAGCGGUUCAGGCGGCAGUAGCGCGGGUAGCGAGCACAUUUGCAAAGAACCUAUUCACGAUUUGAAGUCUUGCUCGUCGGCGUCCGAGUCCGAGCUGCAUAUUCCGUCGGUCCCAACGAUGCCGACUAAGAACUCUGGCAAUGGAAACAGCUCGAACGGAAAGAGAUCGAACGGCAGUCGUAGUCGUUCCAGUGGCUCUGAACAGUCCGUGCAGACGGGAACUGGCUCGGGAACUCAGCAGCAGCAGCAGCAAAACCAGCAGAACCAGCAAGACCUAUCUGGUAGUAGACAGUCAUUUCGCAUUGCGAUGGGAAAUCCGUGUGAAUUCUUUGUUGAUGUUAUGUAGAUGCCGGUGUUGUAAAUAGAUCAGCAGCAGUCGUCGAGCUUCGAACGAAUACUUUGAAAACGAUUCCGAUUCUUACCCAGCGAGACCGCGUACAGAUUUUACUCCACCCGUUUGGCGAAGACGAGAGCCUUCACGAACGUGUGUUGGCAAUCCCGCUUCAUUUUCUUUUCUUUCGACGGUAUUUCAAAGUAUUUAUUCGUUGCCCUGUUCACUGUUUACUUUUUCAGGUUUAUAUAAUUCGCAUUUGAAGUUUUACUGUAUGUUAUCUCCACUUUUGCAUUCCACUUUGUACCAUGUACUUGGCAGUAACAAUUUAUCCUUGAGAAUUCGUCUCUGUUAAACGUACUUUGUAUCGAUUAAAAUGUUUGCAUGUAACGCGUAAAUAUACACACACGCGUGCACUAAUCUGAUCUAAGAAAAGGAAAAAGAAAGGGAAAUUUGCACAAUGACGCGUGAAAAGUGCGCGAAUUGAGCAAAGGGCGAAACAGACAUUCCUUCUUGCCCCGUGAAUUUUGAUCGGUUCUCGAGCGUCAUCUUUUUUGAAUCGGCAGUAGUCACCGACCGACCGACCGACCGACCGAUCUAGCAAAGUAAAUUCCUGGUUUUUUUCGUUUGGUCGACACAAAGUUGGAACUUGUACUACUCGACGGAAUUCGACGGACAUAAUUACGGGGAGAGGGUACGAACGGUGAAAUUGUCGCGAUUAAAUUUACCGUAGGAGACGAGAGGGAUAAUAAUGUAAAUUGUAAAUUGAUGCAUGAGUUGCGCGCAACUGGUCUGUCGAGAUUUAGCAUAGACGCGUUGAAAUGAGAUCGCGAUAUCGACGAGACUGGUAGUACAACUGAUAUGUACGAGUACGAGACAGUAUUCGAUGUUGACGAUCGAUUACAUAUAUUAUACACUAUACUGCACGCUUGAUAUUAUAAAUAUGUUUUACGGUGUACUUGUUGAGAUGUAAAGCACGAUCGCACACGAGGUAGAGCACAAGCAUGGUCAUGUAAAUAACACACGCGGUUCGCGUCUCGAUGAAUUGGCACAGUGAACGUUAAAAUAAUUCGCUACGUAAUGCAUGUACAUUAUACUUGAUUUAAUUAAAUGAAAGGAGGAGGUACGUAUUUAUAUAUUAAUGUUUUUCCAUUGCUUGCGUUCUAGGAUUGUCUACGACAAUGGGGCAGCUAUUUCUUUAAAAUCGAGAGGAUAUUGUUUCGAAAUGUUGAACGAUUCACUAAUUAUUAUUAUUAUUAUUAUUAUUAUUAUUAUUAUUAUUAUUAUUAUUAAUUGACGCGAAUGGUUUUCUAAGAGUAAUCUAUCCUUUAAGAGUAACAAAGUAUAUAUAAAUGUAUGUAGAAGACUAUACGAUACGAAAAUGUUAUUGUAUAUCGGACGAAUUAUUGGUGGAUCAUUUAAAUGAUAUCGCGUAUUGUCCGUGCGUGGAGGACAAUUUUUUCAUUGUAUUCCUAUCGAUUCGAGCCAUUAUUUGCCGAUGACCGAAGUUUGCAGUUACAUUACGUGGUAUCGCAUCGCAAGUUCGACAAUAUGUAAAUAGGACGUAAUACACGCUCAUAUUAAAUGUGCCAUUUUAUCAAUGUUAGAAAGUACGUACUAAAUGAGAAGAGAUGACAACUACGACAUAUAAUUUAUAUAGUACGCGUACACGUACACGUACGCUUAUUAUACGUAUAAGCAUACGCAAGCUUUCUGCAAGAUGUACAACAUUGAACACUUUCCAUUUCUUUAUCUCUGUCGAUGCGUUUCACAUUAUCGAUUUACGUUUCAUUUCCGUUCCGCGUCUCUUACGUACAUACACACGUUGUACAAGGCUUAUUUAAUUGCAACGUUCGUCGCGUACGAUUACGAUCUUGCCGUUACAUUAUUAUUAAUAUUGCUAUUAUAUUUACAUUUUUACUUAGCGUGUCGCGUUCUAUCUAGAGAACGUUCUUUUUAUGUCUUAUAAAAUACUGCUAGAAAAUAUUUUGCGUAUGAUACGUAUAAAUGUGUCGGUCGGCGGCAUCGCUAGAAGACUAUGGCCGGUAUUCAGAGUCGUUGCUUAGUCUUAAGAUCGCCUUGAGCAUCUGCUCAAGUCCCCGUCUCCUGUACAAGCCUGGGACUGGAAAUACGGGAUAGACAGGGAUGGCAAAUGCUUAAGACGAUCUUAAGGAUAAGUAACGACUCUGAAUACUGGCCUAUGUUCUAAGUCAUAGAACACACGGUGUGGCGACCGUUCUUCGUUUAUCUAAGAUAUCUCGUGUCGAAGAAAGUAAUGUUCAGCUUCACUCGGUUCUUCUCUCUUUUCGUUAUCGAUUUCAUUACUUUUUUUUACCUUUACGCGAAUUAUUCCAAGAGAUAGCUUCCUUAAUAUUUGUAAAACAUAUAUCAUAGCCGAUAUUAUCACCUGACAGUUUAUAACAUAACAUACAGUCGUGGUUGAAAACUCCAUGGUUAUCCAGUUGUGUAAUUUUUCAAAACCAACUACCGAAGCUUCUUCGUUCUAUCUCUCUUUCUCUCACAACACCAGUAUCGUUUAAUUAAAGCAACUCGUAAUUAUUAUCGAUAAACAGAUACUUUUCAUAUCGCAGAGAUCGAUCCCCGGUUUGAUAGACUCGAGUAAGAGAGAUUGCACGAGAAAUGUUUCCGUUGGAAAAUUAAGCAUUUCGACUGGAUGCAGACGAAAGAAGAUAGUAGUAGGGCUGGGUCCAUCCUAAUAAUUGAAACGUCGUGAUAACGACAAGUCCGAUGGAUUGACCGAUGCGAAAUUAAUGAACAAAACAACAUUUUGUUUGUGUGUGUGUGUGUGUGUGUGAGAGAGAGAGAGAGAGAGAGAGAGAAAGAGAGAGCGCGAGCGCGCAUCGAUAUAAAUCAUUUGAUGCGGAUUUGUCGUUGUACGAUGUUCAAACUAGGACGUAGGAUGAAUCGUUGAACUAUUGAACAAACAUGUUUUUACUUCGCUUCAAACAAAUCAUGUAACUCGACGUUUGAGAAGGUAUAAGUUUACGGAAACGUUCAUCGACGUCGUUAUGAUACGCAUCAAUCAUUAUACAUUAUUCUGUACGAUAUAAAAUAUUUUAUGUUGCAGACA